GGGUAUUUUGUUCUGGCUGACCUAGGAAAUGAGCAUUUAACAGUUAAGUUUCCACUACAAAAGGAAAGCAGAAAGCCACAGUCCUAGGUAGUUAGUCACACAGGCUGUUUGACCCGUCUGAUUACUUUCCUAAAUUCACUAACCCUGGGGUCAGAUGACUUCCUGGGAUAAAAGCCAGCUUCCUCUUGUUGUUACUUCAGCCCCUGGCCUGCAGACGUUUUCUUCUUCUUCUUCUUCUAACUUCCCCUCCGGUGGCAGAGGAGAUAAAUAUUAGAGAAACAAAAGUCCGGAACGCGAAGGCUGCCACUCUCACUUCCUCUCCUCCCAACCCAGCACUGCUUUGAAUAGCGGCAGUGCCCUGGGGCACAGAGCAGAGAAGGCAGUGCGGUGCCUCGGAGGCUGCCCUGGCCGGCACAGACAGGGUCAUGCGUUCACAGAGCCACUUCUGGUCACAGAAGAUGCCGGGAUGAUGGCUCGUGCCCGCCUGGCUGCGGCUCUGAUCCCAGCCACGGCCCUCCUCUCCUGCCUGAGAUCCGAGAGCUGGGACCCUUGCAUACAGGUGGUUCCUAACAUUAGUUACCAAUGCAUGGAGCUGAAUCUCUACAAAAUCCCUGACAACAUCCCCAUAACAACCAAGAUGCUGGACCUGAGCUUUAACUACCUGAGACAUUUAGGCAGCCAUAACUUCUCCAGCUUCCCAGAGCUGCAAGUGCUGGAUUUAUCCAGAUGUGAAAUUAAGAUUAUUGAAGAUGACACAUUUCAGGGCCUAAACCACCUCUCCACCUUGAUACUGACGGGAAACCCUAUCCAGAGUUUAGCCUGGGGAGCCUUUUCUGGGCUAUCAAGUCUACAGAAGCUGGUGGCCGUGGAGACAAACCUAGUAUCUCUAAAUGACUUCCCCAUUGGACAUCUCAAAACCUUGAAAGAGCUUAACGUGGCUCACAAUUUUAUCCAUUCCUUCAAGUUACCUGAAUAUUUUUCUAACCUGCCCAACCUGGAGCACUUGGAUCUUUCUAACAACAAAAUCCAAAAUAUUUAUUAUGAAGAUGUGAAAGUUCUACAUCAAAUGCCCCUACUCAACCUCUCUUUAGAUUUGUCCCUGAACCCUUUAGACUUUAUUGAACCAGGUACCUUUAAAGAAAUUAAGCUCAAUGGAUUGACUCUGCGAAGUAAUUUUAACAGUUCAGAUGUCAUGAAAACUUGUAUUCAAGGUCUGGCUGGUUUAAAAAUCAACCGGCUGGUUUUGGGAGAAUUUAAAAAUGAAAGGAAGUUGAAAAAAUUUGACAGAUCUUUCCUGAUGGGACUAUGCAACCUGACCAUUGAACAAUUCCGGAUAGCGUACUUGGGCGAAUUCUCAGGGGAUGAUACAGACUUAUUUAAUUGUUUGGCAAAUGUUUCUGGGAUUUCUUUGUUGAGUAUAUCUUUAGGAAGUCUACAAGCCCUUCUUAAAGAUUUUAGAUGGCAACACUUAGAAAUGAUUAACUGUGACUUUGAAAAGUUUCCUGCACUGAAGCUCAGUUCUCUCAAAAAGUUUGUUUUCAUAGACAACAAAGGUAUAAGCAGUUUUAAUGAGUUUGAGCUACCAAGCCUUCAGUAUCUAGAUCUCAAAAGAAAUCACUUGAGUUUCAAGGGUUGCUGUUCUCACACUGAUUUUGGGACAACCAAACUGAAGCAUUUAGAUCUGAGCUUCAACGAUGUCAUUACCUUAAGUUCAAACUUCAUGGGCUUAGAGCAACUAGAACACCUGGAUUUUCAGCAUUCCACUCUGAAACAGAUCAAUGCUUUUUCAACAUUCCUAUCACUCAGAAACCUCCGUUACCUUGAUAUUUCUUAUACCCACACCCGGAUUGUCUUCCACGGCAUCUUUACUGGCUUAGUCAGUCUCCAAACCUUGAAAAUGGCAGGCAACUCUUUUCAGAACAACUUGCUCCCUGAUAUCUUCACAGAGCUGACUAACUUAACCAUCUUGGACCUCUCUAAGUGUCAACUGGAACAGGUAUCCCAGACAGCAUUUCACUUCCUCUCUAGCCUUCAGGUGCUGAAUAUGAGUCACAACAAACUCUUGUCAUUGGAUACACAUCUUUAUGAACCGCUCCAUUCGCUCCAGAUCCUAGACUGCAGUUUCAACCGUAUCAUGGCUUCUAAGGAGCAAGAACUACAGAAUUUGCCAAGGAACCUCACUUGGCUAAAUCUUACUAAGAAUGAAUUUGCUUGUGUUUGUGAACACCAGAGUUUCCUGCAGUGGGUCAAGGACCAGAGGCAGCUCUUGGUGGAAGCUGAGCAAAUGAUGUGUGCAGAGCCUCCAGAUAUGAAGGACAUGCCAGUGCUUAGUUUCAGGAAUGCCACUUGUCAGAUGAGCAAGACGAUCAUUAGCGUGUCGGUUGUCACUGUACUCCUGGUAACUGUGGUGGGAGUCCUGGUCUAUAAGUUCUAUUUCCACCUGAUGCUUCUUGCUGGCUGCAAAAAGUAUAGCAGAGGUGAAAGCACCUAUGAUGCCUUUGUAAUCUACUCGAGCCAGGAUGAAGACUGGGUGCGGAAUGAGCUGGUGAAGAACUUGGAGGAGGGCGUGCCCCCCUUUCAGCUCUGCCUUCACUACAGGGACUUUAUUCCUGGGGUGGCCAUCGCUGCCAACAUCAUCCAGGAAGGUUUCCACAAAAGCCGCAAGGUCAUUGUCGUGGUGUCCCAGCACUUCAUCCAGAGCCGAUGGUGUAUCUUCGAGUAUGAGAUUGCCCAGACCUGGCAGUUUCUGAGCAGCCAUGCCGGCAUCAUCUUCGUCGUCCUGCAGAAGCUGGAGAAGUCUCUGCUGCGGCAGCAGGUGGAGCUCUAUCGCCUUCUGAGCAGGAACACCUACCUGGAGUGGGAGGACAGUGUCCUGGGGCAGCAUGUCUUCUGGAGAAGACUCAGAAAGGCCUUGCUGGCUGGUAAACCCCGGAGUUCAGAAGGAACAGCAGAUGCAGAAACCGACCCACAGGAAGCGACAACCUCCACCUGAGGGGGAGGAUCCCCUGAUGUGCUCCUUGCCCAGCGGGAGGCAGGGCGUGUUCAGUUAACAAGUACCAAACGCCGCCGUGUACCAAGCAGUGUGCCAAAGGCUGGUGAUCCAGUGAUACACGGGACCUAUAGGACUGCCCACCUCACGGAGCUUACAGUGCAGAGGGAAUAAAUACUGUGCUAAAAUACAGAACUUCCCGGGGGAUGUUUCAACCAACUCAGCUAAGGAGUCCAGGGCAGGGAAAGUCAACCCAACUCUUACCCAUCAAAUUGAAUUAGAACUAACAGACUGGGCCUCCAUGAGAAUAAUAAAGGACAGACUUCUCCUGAGUAUUUUGAGUGGAAAUCGUGUCAGGUUACAUGUUUUAGCUAUAUUAAAACAAGGUGGUUUUGGUCGUUUCGAUUGAUCUAGGUCUUGACUUACUUUUCCUUUUCCUAUUGGAUACAGUUUAAAUUCUACUUUUUGACCCAGAAGUCUCCUGAUUCAGAUUCCCCUCCACUUUACGUCAAUUCACAAACAUCCUGGUUAUCCCUAAGCAUGUUCUAUUUAUUAACUAUUAGUUCCUGAUAUAUUUUUGUCUUUAUAAAUCCAGUUCUCAUUUUCCACGUCUUCUCUAUCAAUCCAUACCAUAAAUAAAACUGUUAGAGACACGCUGGACAUAUCCAUAUUUAACUACUAUCUUUUGAGAAAAUAUAUAAAAUACAGUCUAUCAUUUUGUCUCGUGA